AUGCAGAUCUUCACCGCCAUCCUUGUGGCGGCGUCCACCGUGACCGCACACUACACCUUGCCAUCGAUCCAGAACAGUCCUUCUUGGACUGCCGUCCGCCAGGCGAAGAACUGGCAGGACAAUGGUUUCGUCGGCGAUGUCAAGAGCAAUGACAUCCGCUGCAACCAGCUCUAUGCCGGAAACUCGACCGUCAGUGUCGCUGCCGGAAGCGCCGUGAGCGUCAGCAUCGCCCCGAGCAUCUACCACCCGGGCCCAUUCCAGUCAUACCUGGCCAAGGUCCCCGCCGGACAAGACAUCAACACCUGGGACCCCACCAACGCAGUGUGGUUCAGGAUCUACGCGGAGCAACCGACCUUCGGCAGCCAGCUGACAUGGUCCUCGAACGGCAAGUCCACGAUACCCGUUACCAUCCCAAAGUGCAUCCCGGCCGGCAACUACCUGAUGCGCAACGAGCACAUCGCGCUGCACGUCGCGCAGAGCCAGGGGGCCGCGCAGUUCUACCUCUCGUGCGGGCAGCUGGCCGUCACCGGCGGCGGCAGCACGCAGCCGCAGAACCUGGCCGCGUUCCCUGGCGCGUACAGCGCCACGGACCCCGGCAUCCUCAUCAACAUCAACUACCCGGUCCCGACCUCCUAUACGAACCCGGGUCCGGCGACCUUCACCUGCUGA